UUCCAUCCUCCGGAGGUGGCGCGGUGAAUUCAUCCGCCACCCUUUUCAAUUAAUGCGCCCGAGAGGCUCCUCUCUAGAGCACAAACUCCCACAAAUUUCAACCCACACUCGAUAUCUUCUUCCUCCUCAACUUGUUUCACUGCAGGCUCUUCUUCCGGCGGAUGCAGAGCACACCGGCCGUGCAUGCACGCAUGAAGGCCGGCGUGUGAUCGAGAGCCAGCUGCAUGCAUGCGCUCGUCGUGAGGUUAUCAAAGCUACGUCGUCGCGAUCAUGGAAAAACAGGGAAGCAGCCACCAGCUGGACACCUUCGCUCAACUGGACGGCGGGGCGGCGCCGGAGGAGCCGAUCGGCGGUGGCGCGGGAGCUGAGAUGGUGGACUACAUGCUGGGCCAGACGACGCCGCUGCCUCCGGGUGGGCCGCACGGCCAGGUGUCCUUGGACAAGCUCAGCUUCUCCGACGUGCUACAGUUUGCCGACUUCGGCCCCAGGCUCGCGCUCAACCAGCCGUCUGCCGACCAGGACGACGCCCGUGACGACGAUGAGGAGGACAGUUACUUCUUCAGGUUCCAGUCCCAGCUCUCCGGCUCGGACGACCCCGAUCCCCGCGGAGGCGCAGGUAUCCACCACGCGGCGGAGCACGAGGGCAGCAAGACGGGGGACGGAUCAGGAGGCCCGCACGAUCACGGCGGCGGCGUCUCCGAGAGCACCACGCUGGUGCAGCAGUCCGACGGCGGCGCCAGGGUCGGCCAGAAGGCCGGCGGGGAGCAGGCGAAGAGCGGGCGGCGGAAGCGGCCCCGGUCGACAAAGACCAGCGAGGAGGUGGAGAGCCAGCGGAUGACGCACAUCGCCGUCGAGCGCAACCGGCGGCGACAGAUGAACGAUUACCUCAGGGUCCUCAGGUCCCUCAUGCCAGGAUCCUACGUCCAGAGGGGAGAUCAAGCAUCCAUCAUAGGCGGAGCCAUAGAGUUCAUACGUGAGCUAGAGCAGCUAAUCCAGUGCCUCGAGUCACAGAAGCGGCGGCGCCUGUACGGCGACACGCCACGGCCGGUCGCUGACGCGUCCGCCCCGGUGGUGCCGGCGGCAUCCGUCCACGAGCCGCCGCCGCCGCCGCAAGGGCAUGAGGCUCCGCCGUUCUACGUCUCCCCGAGCCUCUCGUUCCCCGGGGCGGGGAACGGUGACGGUGCCGCCGGAGCCAAGGUGAUGAUCGACCUGGACGCGUGCGGCGGCGGGCUCCGGGAGGAGGUGGCCGAGAACAAGUCGAGCCUGGCGGAUAUCGAGGUGCGCGUGCUGGGCGAGGACGCGGUGAUCAAGGUCCUGUCUCGCCGCCGGCCGGAGCAGCUGAUCAAGACCAUCGCCGUGCUGGAGGAGAUGCACAUGUCCAUCCUCCACACCAACAUCACCACCAUCGAGCAGACCGUCCUCUACUCCUUCAACGUCAAGAUCACGAGCGAGCCAAGAUUCACGGCCGAGGAGAUUGUCGGCGCCGUCCACCAGAUCCUCAGCUUCAUCGACGUCAACUACACGUUAUGACCCAUCCGUUGUCGAUCUCGACUCGAUUAAUUCAACUUCUAUACGUACAUUGUGCGCUUAAUUAUAUUUUUCCUCCCUCGAGUACUUGUGCUUAAUUGUAUCUGUAUGACGAUCUACACUGUUCCUUCACUCUCGUAUGCAUGUAAACUGAUUAGAUGUACAAUGAGUGACUCCAGAUAAUGGGGUUGUCUAUAUGUAAGUUAUCUGAAUUUUCAAAUAUUUCAUUCAA